UUCAUGUUGCUGAAAGUGGAGGAAGAAGAAGAGAAGGAAGAGAAGCGAGCCAGGUGACUCCUCGGCACACUGUAUGUUCAUACCAGGUUUGCAUUCUGACCUGCAAGCCAAUGUAAGUCGUGUUGAGUGACUGCGUGUGAAAGAGGGACCAUCAUCAUCCUCAUGUCCUAUGGAGGAGGCUUUUACGGACGCACUGAGCGCGUCCGCCAGGUGCCCCACUAUGACCAGGUUCCACAGGGCUCCUUACCACGAGCCGACUCCGACGAUCUGCCGCCGCUGAGGGAGCAGAGAGCCGCUCGCCACGCUCAGAGCGCCGACCCCCUCCCUCCUCCGCCUCUGCCGGACCAGCCUCCCGUGGGCCCCGAGUUCGAUCCCAGCGGCAGCGAGGACAACGCGGACCAAGACCCCGACCCUGCCCUCGACAUCAAACCGGUCCACCGCUUCAUCCCCGACUCCUGGAAGAACUUCUUCAGAGGAAGUAACCGCAGCAGUAACAAGCCCUGGUCCAUGUCCGCCUCCUCGUCCAACAACAACAACAGCACCACUGAGGGGGUGCGCUGCUCUCCUCCACAGUCUCCCUCCGUUCAUGGAUCAUACCGGGACCCUUAUGGCGGCUCAGGCGGCAGCUACAACUCACGCAAGGAGCUUCUGGAGCCACGGGACGGCCACGAGUCCAUGUCAGGGCGCACCUACCGCACAGGUCUGACCUACAGCGAGCGGGUGGAGGAGUACCAUCAGCGCUACGCCUACAUGAAGUCCUGGGCCGGGCUGCUGAGGAUUCUGGGCUGCGUGGAGCUCCUGCUGGGGGCAGCGGUGUUCGCCUGCGUCUGCGCUUACAUCCACAAAGACAACCUGUUUGAAAACUCGUAUCCUGGAGCGGGUUUCUACGGUGCCGGCACAGGUGGGAUCUACUACACAGGCCCCAAGACCCCGUUUGUGUUGGUGGUGGCUGGGCUGGCCUGGUUGGUGACUGUGAUAGUGUUAGUGCUGGGGAUGACCAUGUACUACCGCACCAUCCUGCUGGACUCCUCCUGGUGGCCUCUGACAGAGUUCACCAUAAACCUGGCUCUGGCUGUGCUGUACAUGGCAGCAGGCAUUGUUUAUGUCCAAGACACGACCCGCGGGGGGCUCUGCUCCUACCCGGCCUUUAACAAUGUCAUCAAUGGGGCGUUCUGCAGAACAGAGGCGGGCCAGACCGCGGCCAUCAUCUUCCUGUUUGUCACCAUGGUUGUGUAUCUGAUCGGAGCCAUGGUGAGCCUAAAGCUGUGGAGGCAUGAAGCUGCACGCAGACACAGGGAGAGUUACGGCCAGGAGAUGCAUCCCUCCGACAUGCGAGCUGCACAGUCUCUGAUGGUUCCGGAUUCAGCUCCUGCGGCCAAAGGUCCAGAACAGGUUCAGGGCUCCUCAGUCGUUCCCAUCCAGGCUGCUCCUAAAGCGGGUCCACCAAAGGUUUUACAGGGAACUAUUCCAUCAGGACACAUCCCAAAACCUGUUAUUCUGCCUGACUACAUAGCGAAGUACCCGACGAUCCGGUCCGACGAGGAGCGGGACCAGUUCCGAGCCGUGUUCAACGACCAGUACGCAGAGUACAAAGAGCUGCACUCAGAGGUGCAGGCGACCCUCAAGAAGUUUGACGAGAUGGAUGGCAUGAUGCGCACCCUGCCCCAGAACCCCACCAGCCAGAUGGAGGUCGAUCGCAUCAACAGAAUCCUUCAGGAGUACCAGAGGAAGAAAAAUGACCCGACCUUCCUGGAGAAGAAGGAGCGCUGCGAGUACCUGAAGAGCAAACUGUCGCACAUCAAGCAGAAGAUCCAAGAAUACGAUAAAGUCAUGGAGUGGAACGACGGAUACAGCUAAACCCGAUUGGACCGCUGACCACAAACACAGAACGAUAACUGACAGCGCUGCAGUUCUGGUGCUCAAGAUGACAUUUAGACUGGAGAAUCAAACCCAGUCUGGACCACAGGAGCACGACUGGGACCUCCAGCCUGCUGCAGAUCUGUGCAGCUGUCAGACGUUGUGUAUGUCUGGUUUUAAAGCCUGCGAGUAGAAAAGGGUGAAAUGUUUUAUACUACUUACCGGAAUAAUUUGAGAUUUUGUGAAAUUCGCUUGUUUCGAGAGUCAGAUGAGAAAGUUGAUGCCACUCUGAUGUCUGUAGGAUAACUAUAAAGCUACGUUCCAGUUAGCAUAGCAUAGCACAGUGGCUGGAAGCAGGGGUAACUACAAGCCUGGCUCCAUCCAAUGAAAGCAACAACCUUAUGUUUCUACACUUAAACAAGAUAAAACGUGAAUUAGCUUUAGAGGUCCUGGUAGGCGGGUUUUGUUAGCUUGUUUCCAGUCUUUAUGCUAAGCUAACUGUGUCCGGGCUGUAGCUCCACAUUUACAUGAGCUUAUUGUCUAACUGCUCUCGAGAAAGUGCAUUUCUGAAAAUAUCAAACUGUUCCUUCAAACUGGUCUGAAUAUGCAAAGUGAGCUGAACGUGUGUGUGUGCGUGUGCGUGUGUGAGAGAGAGAUACUGUGAUUGUAGCCGAGGCUUUGCCGCUAAUUUCCUGGCUGACACUGGCGUCCGAUGUGAAUGUGGGAGAAGACGCUUCGUCGACGUUAUCGUCCGCCUGGAACCAUCAGGACGAAUCGUCCUCUCUCUCGCUGUUUCUUCGCCCGCUGUGACGAUUGUUUGGAUUGUUCUAAUUGCACACUUUUUUAUAUAUAUAUACUGUUUGAUAAAUGUCUCAAUCUGAAAAUAAGCAUGUCCCAUUGCAGAGUUUUAAAUGUUGCAUGUUUUGUGUAUGUGUUAACACAGUUCUGCCAUUUCAUAGAUUUAAACAUGUUGUGCUUUAUAGUAACUCAAAUAUCCAAAGUGCCUAAUUAUCUCCGUUUGAUUUUCUUUACACCUCUGGACCUCCAGAUUGAAUGGAAAUGAUGCAUGUUCCUCUGAUGUCGUCAAAUGUAAUUGUACAUGUGUUGCUGUAAAUGUCCUCAUUCUCUCAUAAUUUAAGUGAUGAAUCGGUGCUUUCUGUCCUUAGAACACAGUUCUGCUUGUGCUGUCUGCGGUGUAACUUCCCUUUACUCAUCAGCACUCAGGAUCAGUUUCUUUUACUGGGAAAGAAGAAGAAACUGAGCAGAAUGAGGCUAAAAGAAACUUCAGAGAGGAAAAAAAAAAACACAUCA